GAAUAAGUAUAAGAAUAGGAAUAAGAAUAGGACUAGGAAAGCCUCUCAUUUCGCCCAUCCUAUUUCACUCCUCUUUUUGUCUGAACAAUACAAAAGCCCCAGCUCUUACCUUCUCCUUUAGCAUUUUUUUUUUCUUUUCCUAGUCAACCAUUUUUUUUCGCUGUUUUAAGUCAAAGAAAUGGCAGAGGAGAAGAAGGCCCAAGCUGCUGGGGUUUGGCCAAAGGUUAAGCCUUUUGUCAAUGGUGGUGUAUCUGGUAUGCUCGCCACCUGUGUCAUCCAACCUAUCGACAUGAUCAAGGUGAGAAUCCAACUGGGUCAAGGAUCAGCAGCAACUGUCACCAAGACCAUGCUUAGAGAGGAGGGUAUUGGUGCUUUUUACAAGGGGCUAUCAGCUGGACUGCUCCGGCAAGCUACGUACACUACUGCCCGACUUGGAUCAUUCAGAAUUUUGACAAAUAAAGCAAUUGAAGCCAAUGAUGGGAAGCCUCUACCUCUAUAUCAGAAGGCUUUAUGUGGUCUGACUGCUGGUGCUAUUGGAGCCUGUGUUGGCAGCCCAGCUGAUUUGGCACUUAUCCGUAUGCAAGCUGAUGCCACUUUGCCUGCUGCUCAGCGCCGAAAUUACUCGAAUGCAUUCCAUGCUCUCUAUCGUAUUGUUGCAGAUGAAGGGGUUUUGGCACUUUGGAAAGGUGCAGGCCCUACCGUAGUCAGAGCCAUGGCAUUGAACAUGGGAAUGCUUGCCUCUUAUGAUCAAAGUGUUGAGUUUUUCAAGGAUUCCCUUGGCUUAGGAGAGGCUGCUACAGUGAUAGGUGCAAGUACGGUUUCAGGUUUCUUUGCUUCAGCUUGCAGUUUACCUUUUGAUUUUGUCAAAACGCAAAUUCAAAAAAUGCAACCUGAUGCUGAGGGAAAGUAUCCAUACAGUGGCUCUUUAGACUGUGCUAUGAAGACCCUCAAGUCUGGAGGGCCAUUCAAAUUUUACACAGGAUUCCCCGUAUAUUGUGUUAGAAUUGCUCCGCAUGUCAUGAUGACUUGGAUAUUCCUCAACCAGAUCCAGAAGGCGGAGAAAAAAAUGGGGUUGUAGAGUUCUCAGAGAGGGGAAUUAAUGUUUUACUCCAUUCAUCAAAUAAAAUCUCUAUUUUUGGCUUUGUUGUAAUCUUUUUUUCUGGUUCUGGCAAUUUCACACACCCUCAAAGUCAAACCAUUUUGUUUACAAAUUUUGAAGUGCAUUUGAAGUGGGAUCUUCAAAGUUCUCUUAUUUUCUGUGGUUGAAGCAGAGUCAAGAAGUAGCAUUUGAAUCUGAGUUACUGAUUUGAAAGUUCACAAGGAACAUUACAUUUAAGUAAAAUAAAUGUAAACUAUAAAUAGGUAUUUGGGAAUCUUCA